UACCCACCCAUCCCUCUCUCUUUCCAUCACAUCUCUCUCUCUCUCUCUCUGUGGGAGUGUGGCUUGCUUUGCUUCUUCUUAGAACAAAGUGUAGCUUCUUAGAAGAGGAAGAACAGAGACAAGAUGGCCAUGUUCAGAAACUUUGCUGUAAUUUUCUCAGUUCUUGCUCUCGUUCCUCUGUGCUUUGCUGCUAGUGGUGGUGGGUACCUCUACCCGCAGUUUUAUGACCACUCAUGCCCCAAGGCUAAGGAGAUUGUCAAGUCUAUCGUUGCCGAAGCUGUGGCUAAGGAGACCAGAAUGGCUGCUUCUUUGCUGAGGCUCCAUUUCCACGACUGCUUCGUUAAGGGAUGUGAUGCAUCUCUCUUGUUGGAUAGCAGCGGAAGCAUUAUUAGUGAGAAGCAGUCCAACCCGAAUCGAAACUCGGCGAGAGGGUUUGAGGUCAUCGACCAAAUCAAGGCUGCAUUAGAAAAGGAGUGCCCACAGAUCGUGUCCUGUGCCGACAUCCUAACUCUUGCUGCUAGAGAUUCCACGAUUCUGGCUGGUGGCCCUAGCUGGGAUGUCCCACUUGGGAGGAGGGAUUCCUUGGGUGCAAGCUUAAGUGGCUCGAACAACGAUAUUCCGGCUCCUAACAACACGCUACCCACCAUCAUCACCAAGUUCAAGCUCCAAGGCCUCGACCUCGUCGAUCUUGUUGCACUCUCAGGCGGGCACACCAUUGGGCUAUCACGGUGCACCAGCUUCAGACAGAGGCUCUACAACCAGUCAGGCAACGGGCUCGCCGAUAGCACCCUGGAGGCUUCCUAUGCUUCCCAGCUGCGAUCAGGCUGUCCGCGAUCCGGUGGCGACAACAAUCUCUUCCCUCUAGACUUGGUCAGUCCCACCAAGUUCGACAACUUCUACUUCAAGAAUAUCUUGGCUUCCAAGGGUCUCUUGAACUCGGACCAGGUGUUAUUCACGAAGAGCGCGGAAACGAUGGCACUGGUGAAGCUCUAUGCCGAGAACAACGAGCUCUUCCUCGAGCAGUUCGCUAGGUCCAUGAUUAAGAUGGGAAACAUCACCCCGCUCACUGGUUCCAGGGGACAGAUUCGGAAGAAUUGCAGGAAGCUUAACUCUUAAUCGAUCGAGCGACGAACCGAUAUGAUCGAGAAACAUGAAGCUGUUCCUACCGUCUUGUUGUAUGUGCUGUACCCCUUUCCUUUCAUUUUUUGAGUGCCUUCGAAGCGAGAGAUGCGAUGCUGCUGCUGUAACCUAUUGGUGUACUGGGAGUUACUCUGUCCUGUUAUUUCAUUUCAAAACAAUAAAUCCAUGCGUUCUUCUUUCGAUCGUCA